UGCAAGUUAGUCCAACAUGGCGGUUAUGUCGCUCGCUUGAGUGUAAAGUGUUAAACCGCGUAAAAGUUCAGAUAGUUACGGUAUAUUGCAUUGGCAGAGAGUAUAUUUACACACAUUAGUGUCUGUCGACUGCACGUAUCGGCUUUUUUGGAAAUGAAGGGGAAGGAGCGAUCGCCGGUGAAGAAACGCUCCCGAGCGCCAGUUGAUAGCAGAGACCGAGGAGGGAGCAACCCGAGCGGCAAGAAGACCGGAGCGCUGCCGACGGUUGGCAGCAACAACGGUAACGGCUCUGCUCAGGGCGGCGCUUUAUCCAGGAGAAGUUUACACAUCGAGAAAAGAGAGAUGAGGGAUUCAGACGGACACAAUUCAUCCAGUCGGGCUGGUAGCGGUUACGACUACGGAGUGGUUUCGGUGAACAAGCCGUACGGUGGCGCUGACAUCGCAGCGGAAACAUCCAGGUCCGGUUCACGCAGCGAUCCACGGCCUCCGUCAAAUCCCGACAACGAGUACAAGACUCUCAAAAUAAGCGGGCUGGGCUCUCAGCUGAACGAUGAGGAAAUAGAGGACGGGCUGUUUCACGAGUUCAAGAGGUUCGGGGACGUGAGUGUUAAAAUAAGUCGAGAAAAUGACGAGAGGGUGGCGUUUGUGAACUUCAGGAGGCCCGACGACGCCCGAGCGGCCAAACACGCCCGCGGCAAGCUGGUGCUGUACGACCGGCCUCUGAAAAUCGAGACAGUCUACAUGAACAGACGCAGAAGCCGCUCCCCUGUUUCAAAAGACAGUUUCCCCUCAGGACAGAGGCAUCUCCACUCUCAGAGACCCCUGUCUCCCACUGGGGUGGGGUACAGAGACUACCGGUUACAGCAGCUGGCCCUGGGCCGACUCCCCCCUCCUCCUCCACCGCCUCACAUAAGAGAUCUGGAAAGAGACAGAGAUUUUUCAAUGUAUGAUGCCAGGACUAGGCCCCCGUUCAUCCCUGAGUGUGCUGUGUACCGCGAGGAGGACCUGCUUAGCCCCGAGGAUGACCAUAGGGCAAACAGGACUUUGUUUCUGGGCAAUCUGGACGUAAGUGUGACGGAGAGUGACCUGAGGAGGGCGUUUGACAGGUUUGGCGUGAUAACAGAGGUGGACAUAAAGCGGGCAGUGAGAGGCCAGAGCAACACCUAUGGAUUCAUAAAGUUUGAGAAUCUUGACAUGGCUCAUCGUGCCAAAGUAGCGAUGUCUGGGAAAGUGGUGGGCCACAACCCAAUUAAAAUCGGCUAUGGUAAACCUACACCCACGACCAGGCUGUGGGUGGGGGGCCUGGGACCCUGGGUUCCACUCGCUGCACUGGCUAAGGAGUUUGACCGCUUUGGCACCAUCAGGACUAUAGACUACAGGAAAGGUGAGGCGUGGGCUUACAUCCAGUAUGAAAGUUUGGAUGCUGCUCAGGCUGCAUGUACUAACAUGAGAGGCUUCCCUCUCGGUGGCCCCGACAGGAGACUGAGAGUGGACUUUGCAGACACAGAGCACCGCUACCAGCAGCAGCAGCAGUACAUGCAGCUUCCCCUCCCCCUGCCACACUAUGACUUAGUUCCUGAGCCCUUUGCCCACCGCCUUACUGACUCGGUGAGAGUGAGAGAGAGGUCCCCUCCACUUCCUGCUCGCUUCAGAGACAGGGACCUGUACCCCAGUGCUGAAUGGUCUGGCCUGGCUGUCCACGACAGGAUGCGCGGGGCAGCCUUUGAUCCCAUAGAUCGUCUGGAGAGGCGUUCCCGUGAGACCUGGUCAAUAGAGCGUGAGCGUGAGUUCCAAAGCCGAGAUCUAGGCCGCAAAAGGAGACAUUUGGAUGAUGGCUGCCGACUGGAUCAUUCCCCUGAGAUUGGUGACUAUGGUCUGCGGCGCCAUGGCAACUCAUUAGAGCUCAGCCCUGGAGGGAGCAGUCGAGACGGCGGACGCUAUAGUGACCCUGAACGUCUGCCUCGCUCUGGCAGAACCUCCCCUGUCAGAGACCGCCAGGAUGCUGGCUUUGGAGACAAGAGAAGAAAAACACUCAGCCCAGCUGAGCCAGGCUGCUCAGAGAAGGACCGCAAACGUAAAGCCAGUGACUCAUCUAAGAGCCCAGCGAGAAAGGAGAAUCGCUUAGGACAUCCUUCCUCCAAAUCUGGCCAGCAGUCUAAGCCGGCAGCUGGGGGACAGAAGCUGAGCCAGGCCUGGCAGGGCAUCCUCCUGCUGAAGAACAGCAGCUUUCCCACUUCACUGCACUUGCUGGAGGGCGACAUGUCGGUGGCUACCAGCCUGCUGGUGGAGGGCUCCACAGGGGGUCAAGUCUCCCAGCUGAAGAUCAGUCAGCGCCUGCGCCUGGACCAGCCCAAGCUGGAUGAAGUCUCUCGUCGCAUCAAGGCCGCCGGCUCCGGCGGAUACACCAUCCUCCUGGCCGUGCCUGGGAAAUCUGAAGAUGGAGGGCUCCAGGACGCCAGCAGCUCCACCGAGAGACCCCUGAAGAACCUGGUAUCCUACCUGAAGCAUAAGGAGGCGGCCGGCAUCAUCAGCCUCCCUGUGGGGGGAAGCCGUGACAAGGACCACGGAGGAGUCCUUCACGUUUUUCCCCCAUGUGAGUUCUCACAGCAGUUCUUGGAUGCCUCUGCUAAAGCUUUUGCCAAGUCAGAGGACGACUACAUUUUGAUGGUCAUUAUCAGAGGAGCAUCAUAAAAAAAGUGCAAAUUAUAAACGUCUGUUUGUUCCACUCAUGAACUGUUAAACUGUGAGCUGUAAAAACAGGGAGAAGUAAUGAUAACCAAGCAGGGUGACAGGGUUCUCCCUAACCUGCAUGGUAGCUUGUAUCUCAUCCUGCUGAGGUUUAUAGAAAUGAAACUCAUCGAAUUGAAUUUUGAUAAAUUGAUGGAUUUGAUUAUUAAUACAGGUGACAUGCUUCUACUUUUUAGUUAUCAGAUAAAUGUACAUUACAUAAAGGGUACUCUGCUUACCGUAGUUCAGAGCAAGCUCCAGUUCUGUGAAUCAGUACUUUGUGUUGCCUUAUCUCAUUUCAUAAGAUAUUCCUGUCAUACAGUGCCUGCCUUUAACAAAAAGAGAAUCUAAGAUCCAAAACGGUAUUUUUAUCUGUACACAGCAUAGAUUUAACUGGUCAGUGUCAACAAGUUUGUAGUACUAUAAUGUUUGUACAGCAAACCUAAAGAAUUCAUUAAAUCAAACACCUGUACAUAGAGAAUUUCUCUUGAUUAAGGAAAUAUAUCUUUUUGCUCUAUAGCGUAUUCCAGAUGUGCAUCUGUAUUACUUUUUUGCUGACUUAAGUAAACAUUUUGAAUACUUCCUAAUUAAAAGUUUCGUUAUGAUAGCUUUUCUAUUUUUGUCAGUUUUGGCCAGUCCUGCUAAAGAAAGUUGUGGAAAAAAAACAAUUCUCAUGAAACAAAACCAUUGUAUUAGUCCUGAUAUCUGGCCUUGUGGACUAUUUCUUCAUAAUUUACUUUUGGCUAUGAUAAAUAGAGAUGUAAGGGUUAAAGUAUAAUAUCAUUGCUCCUUUCUGAGCCACAUCUGGAGGUUUUGGGACAUUACAGUUUUUCCGAUGUGUUUUCCAGAACUUGUAUGUUGGGGUGGACACAAGCUGCAGGCACCUGCACAUUAUAAUGCAGUUCAGUACAAUAACCCAGCGAACAUACUGCCUUCAUGAAGCUAAUCAUGUUUAGUUUGUUGUUGAAAUGAUGUUCAAGAGGAGGUUUUAAGCUCUGUGUUUCUUUGUGACCCCAGGGUGUUGUAUUGAACUACAUUAUCUUACAAUCUAAAUAUUCAGGGCUGCAACAUUUCAUUAUUCAUUGAUCAAGCCACUGGUUCUGUUCUUGAUUGAUCGGUCGAAUCAUUUGUUCGGUAGAACAUCAGAAAAUAGAGAAAGAUAACCAUAUUUUUCUACGGCGAUGUUUUCAAGCCCAAGGUGAUGUCUUCACAUGGCUUUGGUCCUACCAGCAGCCCCAAACCCAAAGAUAUUCAGUGUACUGUGAUGUAAGAGAAUAUUUGGCACUUUUUUGACUAAUUGAUUAAGUAGUUAUCAAAAUUGUUGCUUAGAAAUUAUCUGUCAGUUGACUAAUCAUUUGAGCUCUAAAUGUUAUUACCAUGGAGUUGACUCAACUCCCCUUGGCCUCAAAUCUGUGGAUGUUUUGUUUGAAAUGGGGUUUGAUUAUACAGGGUUGCUUUUGUGUCCACUCCUUUUUAUAUUGUUGCCAUCAUGUUCAAUUAGACUGAACAGUAAUUGGUUGAUUCAAUUUAUCACUUUUAUUUUUCUCAUGUUAUAAUCCACAAAGUACAAUAACUACCCCAACAAAGCAUAUGUACUGUAAAAAAAAAAAAAAAAGAAAAGGAAAAAAAAGAUGAUGCAACUUACAAGCUGUAUGUAUGCCGUGCACAUCUCUAAUAACUGAUCAGGAAUCUAUCCAAAACAUUGCUACGCUAUCAGUGGACUUUUGUGAUUUAAAAAAAACCUCUGAAUGAAUCAGAGGACAGGAGGCCGCUCUCCAGUGGCCUUAAACGCCACCUUCUGAAAAGACUGUUAAUGAGCGUUUUCAUGCUUGAUUUUAUUUGUUUCAAAUGGGGGGGGGGGGGGGGAGAGAAUUGUAUACUCAGGAUAUCUGGAGAGAGAAAAGGAGAACAUCAGUGCUCAUGGGCCUAAAGAAGUUUACCUGUCAAAAAAAAAACCCACAAAGUGCAACAUGCACUUGAUUUUGUCUCAAUAAAUUUACUCUUUCGUGGGAAACACGAGUGCCUUGGAA